GAUGGAUAAUCAAAUAUAUAAGGUUACACUCAACAUGUAUGAUUUGUCUUAAGGAAUGGCCAAAUAAUUUUCACCUAUGUUUUUAGGCAAAUAAAUUGAUGCAAUUUGGCAUACAGGAAUAGUAGUGUAUGGAAAAGAAUAUUUUUUUGGUGGAGGUAUUUGUGCUUAAGCUCCUAAAACAACUAUAUAUGGAUAUCCAAUAGAGGUUUAUUAAUUAAUUCUAAGAAUUAGGAAAGAGAAUUGGGAGAAACAGAAAUACCACAGAAUACAUUUGAAGAAUUCUUGAGGAGUAUAAGUUCAAAUUAUACAAUGGAAAAAUAUGAUCUAUUUAAAAAUAAUUGCAAUAAUUUUACUAAUGAAUGUGCUUAAUUUUUAGUUGGAAAAGGAAUUCCUGAAAAUAUUACAGGUAAAUCAUUAUAUCUCUAUUCACAUUAGGAUUGCCAUAAGAAUUUUUAAAUACUCAAUUAGGUUAAAUGCUUAAACCAGUUAUAGAAUAAAUCACUAAUAAAUAGGCUUCUGAUUAGACUGAACAUUUUAAUUAUCUAAACAAUUAAGAAUUACAGGCACUAUAAAAUUUUUAAAAUAUAAAUCCCUAAAUAAUAAACUAAUAAUAACCUUAACCACAAUUGAAUGUUCCCUUGUCUUAAACAGUAUAAGCAGCUUAAUAACCACAAUAAUAGCCUUAAUAAAUAGAUACUAAUGUUAUACCAAUUGAAGAUUCAGAAUCCUACUUUUGUUUGAUAGAAAGUAGUCCUUAAUGUAUUAUUGAUUUUUAUACUGAAUGGUGUGGACCAUGCAAAACAAUUAAACCAUUGUUUCAUAAAUUAUCUCUUGAAAAUCCACACAUCAAUUUCUAUAGUGUGAAUAUUGAGAAGGUAAGCAUUAAAUUUAUUAUAAAUUAAGGUCAGAGAAAUAGCAGAUUCAUUAUAAGUAACUAGCAUACCAACCUUUAUCACUUAUUAGAACGGACAAUAGAAAGAUAGAUGGACUGGAGGACAACAUCAUAUGUUAACAAAUAAUAUAUAAAAAUUAUAAUGA